AUGGUGAAGUUUGCACCGCUGUUCCUGCCAUGGGAGCGCAGGCUACAGACCUUCAUGGUCCUGCAGUGGGUCUUCUCCUUCCUGGCCCUGGCCCAGAUCUGCACUGUGGCCUUCAUAGGCCUCCUGUUCACAAGAUUCUGGUUGGUCAGUGUCCUGUAUGCAACCUGGUGGUACCUGGACCGAGAGAAGCCAUGGCAGGGGGGCAGGCCCAUCCAAGCCGUAAAGCGCUGCUUCUUGUGGAAGUACAUGAGGGACUAUUUCCCUGUCUCGCUGGUCAAGACUGCUGAGCUGGACCCCUCCCGGAACUACCUUGCGGCCUUCCACCCCCACGGGGUCCUGGCGGCCGGAGCCUUUGUCAACCUGUGCACAGAGAGCACGGGCUUCCCUUCACUCUUCCCCGGCAUCCGCUCCCAUCUGAUGAUGCUGACCCUUUGGUUCCGGGUCCCUUUCUUCAGGGAUUACAUCAUGUCAGCGGGGCUCGUCACAUCAGACAAGGAGAGCGCUGCUCACAUUCUGAGCAGGAAGGAAGGUGGCAAUCUGCUGGCCAUCAUUGUAGGGGGUGCCCAGGAGGCUCUGAAUGCCAGGCCCAGAUCCUCCACGCUGUUGCUACAGAACCGCAAGGGCUUCGUCAGGCUCGCCCUGAUGCACGGGGCAGCCCUGGUGCCGAUCUUCUCCUUCGGGGAGAAUGAGCUCUUUGACCAGGUUGCGAACUCUCCUGGCUCCUGGUUGCGCAGGAUCCAGAACCGGCUGCAGAAGAUCAUGGGCAUCUCCCUCCCGCUCUUCCAUGGCCGUGGCGUCUUCCAGUACAGCUUCGGUCUCAUGCCCUACCGCCAGCCCAUCACCACCGUGGUGGGAAAGCCCAUUGAGGUGCAGAAGACACUGUACCCCUCGCAGAAGGAGGUGGACAAGCUGCACCAGCGCUAUAUCAAGGAGCUGUGCGACCUCUUCGAAGCCCACAAGCUCAAGUACAAUGUCCCCGUGGACCAACACCUGGAGUUCUGCUGA